UUUAGAGGUUAGAAAAUGUGUGAGGUUAUAAAACUUCUUUGUUUAUUAUAAUUUCUCUUUUCAAUUUCAUUUAAAUAAAAGGCUGAAUAGGCAGCAAAAUGUAUAUUCUAAAAUCUUUUAUAGAUGAAUUUUAUGAUAUUCUAAUAAAUCAAGUACCAAAAGAUGACGAAACUCUGGUAAAAAUGCACACCCGUUACCUAGAAGAACUUGGGGAUGUAAGUUUUCCAAUUCCCUUGAAAAAUUGGUAUCAUUUGGUUAAAAGACAAAUUAAAGAUCCUUCAGAGACAAUUUUUGAAUACCGCUUAAAUAAAAAAGAUGUUAAUGAAGCUUUAGAGACUAUAGUGAACCACUUUAAUGAAGUUUCUAAUGUGAAAAUCAAGAGCUACAAAGUGAUAAAAUCUUGUGCCCAUUUGUUCAUUCAACGACCAUAUCUAAUCAGUUUAGGCAUAAAGCAAGUGCUUGAGCAGGGUAAUAACUAUCCUGAAUGGACACAAUUUUCCAAACAAAUUACUUUAGCUUCAAGAGAAAUACUAGAAAAUGAAGAGAACCUUGAUAUAACCACCCUUAGACUUCAAAUCCUAAAAAACGUCUUAACCAACCUAUUAAGCCUUACCACAGACCCAAAUGCUUCAGAAAUCAUUGAAAUUGAGAUAACUGAAACUCAUAAAGCAAACUCCAACAGAUCGACAAUUCUUUGUGGUCCGGUAAUAUCUGAAAAUGGCUCAAAAAACACUGAAAGCAAAGCAUCAGAUUUCUUUAAAAAAAGAGUAUCUGAUAUGCAAAUGAUGGCUCAACACAAAUACAGAAUGAACAUAAAAUCAUCAACAGAAUAUCAUGAUUUUUUUUCGAAAUUAGGCAGGGCUUCAGUGACUAUAGAAUUGCUCACUAAUAAGCCCCACAAACCAGUUAAAGUCAGCUUGAAUGAUCUUAGUGGGGCAAACAAAGGUUCUGCUUUUAUUUUUUACAAUUGUGCUAGACUCAAUAUACUUUUAAAAGAGUUUGAUAGCAAAGUGAAGAAAAAUGUGUAUCCCAUGUUAGUAGAUUUGAAUAACAUUGAUUUUUCUUUACUUAGCCAGCCAGAAGAGUGGGAACUUUUAUAUGUUUACAUUGUUCAAUAUCCAUUUACGAUUAGAAAUUGCAUAAGGACUAUAGAGAAAGGAAUAGUAAAUACCCAAAACUUGAUAACUUAUUUAUCAGGAUUGUCAUCAGUUUUUAGUGUUUAUUAUAGGAGAGUGAGGAUUUUGACUGAUGCAAGGGACCAUAUGAUUCCAGUUAUUCAUUCAAGAAUUUAUUUGUUAAAAGCUUUACAAGUUGUUUUUCAUAAUGCCUUACAAAUAUUAAAUAUAGAACCUAUUACAGAGAUGUAAA